AUGGAUGCUGUGAUACUAAAUCUUCUAGGGGACAUCCCUUUGAUCACGAGAUUAUGGACAAUAGGUUGUCUUGUACUAUCAGGUCUCACAAGUCUCCGGAUCAUAGAUUCAGCAAAGGUGGUGUACAAGUACGAUUUAGUAUUCAAAAAAGGACAAUACGGCAGACUGAUUUAUUCGAUAUUCGAUUACGGCGGAUUUAAUUGGAUAUCUAUGAUAAAUAUCUUUGUCAGUGCCAAUCACUUGUCAACUUUGGAAAACUCAUUCAAUUUAAGAAGAAAAUUCUGUUGGGUGAUAUUUUUACUUUUGGUAAUACUGGUCAAGAUGACCAGUAUUGAACAACCCGCAUCAUCGCUCGGGGUGUUACUGCAUGAGAAUCUCGUGUACUAUGAACUUAAAAAGAAUGGAAACCAAAUGAACAUACGCCUUUUCGGAGGCAUUGAUAUUUCACCAUCUAUAUUCCCCAUUUACAUGAAUGCAGUAAUGUAUUUUGUAUAUCAGCGGGGCUGGUUAGAAAUUGCCAUGAAUUUCAUGCCAGGUCACAUAAUUUACUACAUGGAUGAUAUAAUAGGGAUGAUUUAUGGCAUAGAUUUAUGCAAAUCUCCGUACGACUGGUUCCGUGACAUCGAAACACCUUAA